CAAUUGCGUCUCAAGAAAUACGCCUAAGUAAAGCUGACGAAAUAGCUUCAUUAAAUAAAAAACGAAAUUCCAAUUUCAUGUGGAUUUGAGAUAUAAUCGAUUUGUCGCACAAUCACCAAAAUGUCAGAGAUUAAGGCGUUGGAACACGCCACUCUCAAAGUGCCAUACGAAAUACUGAACAAACGCUUCAGAAAUGCGCAGAAGGCCAUCGAUAGAGAGGUUGAUCAAGUAAUGUCAAGUUCGCGUCAGGUAGAGAAGGCCUUGGAUGGAGAGCAGCCCCCCAUAUUGUCGGAUGUUACGAAGCUGAUGGGAAAUGUGGCCCAAAAACUGCAGGUUCUCAAGCGAAAAGCAGACGAGAGCAUCAAUGACGAGCUCAGCGUCACUCAGAUAUGCAAGCGCAAGUUGGAUCAUUUGAAGGGCAUAAUGCCUGCAAGCAGCACCACCGGCAUCGUCUGGCAUGGCUCUGUCGACCAGUGGAAGCGCACACGUCUCGAUCGCCUAGUUAUCGAGCAUCUGCUGCGCAUGGGCUACUACGAGACGGCCGAGGAGCUGGCAGCACGAUCCGACGUUCGCCACCUGACCAAUUUGGAUAUAUUCCAGACUUCGCGUGAAGUCGAGGACGAUUUGGCUAAUCAUAGCACCACAAAAUGCGUGCUCUGGUGCAUAGACAACAAGUCGAAGCUGCGUAAAAUCAACUCUACCAUUGAGUUCAGUCUGCGAGUGCAGGAGUUCGUAGAGCUGGUGCGCCAGAACAAGCGCUACGACGCAGUUAAGCACUCGCGACGCUACUUCCCCGCUUAUGAGAAGACGCAAUUGAAUGAAAUAUGCCAUGUUAUGGCUCUAUUGGCCUAUCCCACCGACACGGAGCUGGAGCAUUGCAAAAAGUAUUUGGAUCCGAAGCGCUGGCAACAGCUGGUACUGGACUUCCGUCACGAGAACUAUCGUUUAUUCCAAUUGUCGACCACAUCUGUCUUCUCGGCGGCCAUGCAGGCUGGCCUGUCGGCGCUGAAGACACCGCAGUGCUACACGCAAACCUGUCGUAAUCUCAAUUGCCCCGUUUGCCAGGAGGACCUCAAUCGCAUAGCGCUCAAGUUGCCAUAUUCCCAUUGCGUGCAGAGCCGUCUAAUCUGUCGGGUCACUGGUCUGCCUCUUAACGAGCACAACCAGCCCAUGAUGUUACCAAAUGGACAGAUUUUCGGACAGUUGGCACUAACUGAGAUCACCAAAGAGGAUGGCACUGUUACGUGUCCGAUAACCAAUACAAAAUUUACGAAUCCCAAAAUCGAGAAGGUCUUCGUCAUGUAAAAAUAAUUAUCUGAUAAAGAAAACGUAUCUGUGAGCAAACUCCAUUUAUCCCUCAAGACUUAUGCGAGAAGCACCUUUUCAUCACAACACAGCUCACAGCCGAAACCCAUCCUGCCUAGACUUAAGUAAGAUUGACUCUAUUUUGAAUAACUCCAUAUCUAUUCUAUAUAUCCAUAUAUGUACGUAUAUCUUAUCUACGAUAUUAAGCUAAGAAGCGUUCGCGUUGCAAGCAGAAAUCGCUGAUAAUUUAAGAUAUUUGAACGAGUGGACAGCGUUUUCAUUUAACCGCCUACCACUCGCUCGAGACCACGAAUGCUGAAGCUGCGCCGUCGCAGUUAUAUUGAUUUUUCAGAGCAGAGCCGCCAAAGCAGAAGUGCGUUGUUGAUUGAAUGUUGUUACCGUGCUAUGUUUGCAACGCGAACGCCUUUUUUUGACUACCUAAGUUAAAAGUAUACCUUAUAAUACGCACCUAAAAUAAAUAAAGUGAAAAUCAUAUAAAUAG